ACAACACAAACAUACUAUGUCGUCGAAUUAAGUCUAAGUAGAAGGGCACCUCCUCCUGUUCUGUUGAGUAACUUGUCUGUAGAUCUCCAGUAGAGUGGAUGGGUGUUGACUGCACACGCAAACCUCCAUGUCACUUCAUAGCAAAAUAACUCCUACGUGCAAGGAGGCGAGCUAGUUCGCAGUCGGGGUAACCAACCGACCUACUUCCGAAGCCCACUUACAUCACACCUGGCAAGCAGUGGCUCCGACAAGCCGACGCUUUCCAUUUCGUGCGAUAUUAAUAUGUCAACUUAGAUGGACCUGACGCAUUGAACAGAGCUAUCCACUGAGAAAUUUUGGUGUUGACUAGGAGCUGUCAAGAUUGCAGCUGGUUUCGUCAUUAGCCGGUGUUGACAUCAAGAAGAGCAAUGUCCUGUCCGUGUACCUCGGCUGCAAGGUUGCUCCUGAAUACAGCUCAUCGAGGAUUUUCUUGCUCACGGUUGCAGUUUUAUUCUCUGAGUCGCCAUGGCUCUAGAGAUGCUCAUCUACCUCGUUUGCGGGUGAGAUCGUUUUCCGAGACCACCAUCUGCUUUGCCUCCAAAGACGGCCCCACAAAGGACACUGGGAGCGAUGGUGGAAAGAAAAGUGUCAGUGAGGGAAAGAGGGCCUCGGGUUCCGGGGGUUCCGGCAAGGGUGGCAGUCAGCUCCGAUGCCCCAAAUGUGGAGACCCCUGCACACAUGUGGAAACCUUUGUUUCAUCGACACGAUUUGUCAAAUGUGAAAAAUGCCACCACUUUUUUGUGGUUUUGUCUGAGACGGACUCCAAGAAGGGACUAAACAAAGAGGCAGAGUCAGCUGCCGAGGCAGUAAAACUUGCUUUUGCACAGAAACCUCCCCCUCCUCCCAAGAAGAUUUACGCUUACCUUGACAAGUACGUGGUGGGACAGUCAUAUGCCAAGAAGGUGUUGGCCGUAGCCGUGUACAAUCACUACAAGCGCAUCUACAACAACAUCCCUGCAGGCAGUCGCCAGCAGGUGGAGGUGGAAAAACAACCCACUCUGACACCUCGGGAGCUAGAGAUGAGAAGACGAGAGGAUGAAUACAGAUUCACAAAGUUGCUGCAGAUUGCCGGGAUCAGCCCCCAUGGCAACGCUCUGGGAGCCUCCAUGCAGCAGCAGACCAGCCAGCAGGCACCCCAAGAGAGACGAGGAGGGGAGGUCUUAGACUCCACACAUGCCGACAUUAAACUGGAGAAGAGUAACAUCAUACUUCUUGGUCCAACUGGCUCAGGAAAAACUUUGUUGGCACAGACGCUGGCUCGCUGUUUGGAUGUUCCUUUCGCAAUUUGCGACUGCACCACACUAACUCAGGCCGGUUAUGUUGGAGAAGACAUAGAGUCGGUCAUUGCGAAACUGCUGCAGGACGCUAACUACUCAGUCGAAAAAGCACAGCAAGGUAUUGUGUUUCUGGAUGAGGUGGACAAGAUUGGCAGCGUGCCUGGCAUCCAUCAACUAAGGGAUGUGGGAGGAGAAGGAGUUCAGCAGGGGUUACUCAAACUUUUAGAGGGCACAAUUGUCAACGUUCCGGAGAAAAACUCCAGGAAGUUGAGAGGAGAGACGGUUCAAGUCGACACAACAAACAUCCUGUUUGUGGCCUCGGGUGCAUUCAAUGGACUUGACAGAAUCAUUAGCAGAAGAAAGAAUGAGAAGUAUCUAGGCUUCGGAACUCCGUCCAAUUUGGGAAAAGGGCGCCGUGCGGCAGCUGCGGCCGACCUUGCCAACACCAGCGGCGAAACCGACACUGUGGCCGAGAUUGAAGAGAAGGACAGGCUGCUGAAGCACGUGGAGGCACGAGACCUGAUCGAAUUUGGAAUGAUCCCGGAGUUCGUGGGCCGUCUUCCUGUUGUGGUUCCUCUCCACAGUCUGGAUGAAGAAACACUCGUCCGUAUCUUGACAGAGCCACGCAAUGCCGUGGUGCCACAGUACCAGGCUCUGUUCAGCAUGGAUAAAUGUGAACUCAACGUGACUCAAGAUGCCUUGAAGGCCAUCGCCCGCAUGGCUCUGGAAAGAAAAACUGGAGCUCGUGGGCUCAGAUCAAUCAUGGAAAAGCUUCUUUUGGAGCCAAUGUUUGAGGUGCCUCACUCUGACAUUAUGGCUGUCGAGUUGAACAAAGAGGUCGUCCAGGGGAAGGUGCAACCCAGAUACAUCAGGGCUCCGGCCAAAGAACAGACAGACGACGACUACGAUUCCGGCAUGGAGGAGGAAAACUGGCCUCGCCAGGCGGAUGCUGCAAACAUCUGAAACGUGUCAUCAUUUCACAUAAUGACUGUUCGAUACCAACUCCGAGGGUUUGUUUGACAGAAACCCCAGAAACGAUCUAUGAACAUUUUAAUAGGGUUAAUGAAGGUUGUGAGCGACCAUGUUGUCAUCAUGAACAAGUAGUGUCACAACCUCGGGUUGUGUGUGUGUGUGCGCGUGUGUCCGUAUGCGUUAGUGUGUCUAGCAGCACACUCGUAGGUCGGACCUAUAUACAAUUAUUUCAAUCUCUGGUGAUUGUUAACAUUUUAUCUAUAAUAAGAUAAUACAUUUUUUUUAUUCGUGAGAGCAUUUCUAGCAAGUUGACAUUUGUUUUCUUCUCUGGCCACGACCAAGAGAAGCAAUAAGAAGCAUGGCGAGGGGGCAUGUCAAGUAAUGCCUUAUACCAGGAGGGCAUAAUAUUAUAUGAGCGCAUCAAUAUUUUGAUGUUUCCUCUUUACCACCAUUGUACUAAUGGUGUCCACGUAGUACUGUUGGGCUGUAAAUUUGACCAAUUUAACAAGGACAACAAGUAGUAAAGCAUGAGCAGUUCAACAAAUGAUCGGGGGCAUCAAUGGUUAUCCAUGUUUGGUUUUCGGACCGCUUUUAAGGAAUUAUACUGUAUAUACAUACGUGUACAUGUGUUCAUCACCCAGAGGGUUGUUCAGCCAACAGGGUUUAAGUAAAUGAAAAUCAUCAUUUAAAGUUUUGUGUUUAUCACUCUUAUCAUCUGGAUUGUCCAUCACAUAAUCUCAAAAAACACUUUCUCUCACCUACCUUUUAGUGACGUCAUAUUCUGUUACUAUCGAGUGCUCUCCGACUGAACUGCUUGUACUCCUGGAAUAUGUUCGACUGAUUAAACUAGAACUGAUCUCCCUUGUUUUUAAGAUUCCUUUUUCCUUUUAAGACAUCUGUCUGUUACAAAGAACCGUUGUGAACCCACCUUCACAUACAAUGUAAUUUUUGAAAUUAUAAAUAAAAUGUAUAUCUGUAUAGGCUUUAA